UCCAAAGCAGGAACGCAAACAGAAGCCUGCGACCGCCGCGUGCACCGUGCCAACAAGCUCGCCGGCAGAACGAUGCACGGCGGCUCCUCCUCCACCACGGCGGCUACGGCCACGCCCGAUGAUGCACGAUGGAGAGUUCGAUUUGCUACGGAUCUGGUGACCGCGCGCCGCGUCACGCUCGACGACGGCGAGCUAUGGCUGCGCGGGGACGCCCUCCGGAUCGUGCUGCUCGACGCAAGGGGACACGCGGUGGACGCUCGCUACCUUCGCCCUGGGCUUCAGCAAGGGGAGGACGCCAAGGAUCAUCGUUCCGAAGCCGAGAUGAUCAGAACUGGCACGAUGAAGCUGAUGAAGGUGUGCGGCGCUAUCAAGCAACCAAUCCAGGGUGCUUGAAGAAAGAAGACAGGCGCGCAACCCCGAUGCUGGAUUCUCUUGGCGAGAUUACUAUAUAAAUGCUAGACUUUGUUGCUGGGUUCUGAUACUUGUUCUUGAGCUUUUGUGAUUGUAAUAGGUUAGAUGUUAUGAUGUGCUACCAGGAUUUUGCCCCAUGGUACUCGUUUCGAUGGCGAGCGAGUAUGGUGGGUUUUUUGGUAGUGCUUGAACUCGCUUUACUUCUUUCCCUCCUCCUGAC